GAGAGGGAGAGAGAGAGAGAGGGAGGGAGGAUGAAGUUGUCUCGUGAAGCAGCAGGUAAGCAAAAGGAGGAGUAGACUGAGUAGUAGGAGAAAAAACGAAUAAAAUAAAAUUAUAAGGAGGAAAAACAAAGCCUCUUCUCCCUUUCUCUCUCAUUCUCAUACGCCACCACCACCAGCACCACCACCACCACAACAAGCUCUCUCUCUCUCUCUCUAUUCACUUUCCAUAACUCACAUUCAUUCUUUGCUUCCUCCUUUUAUAUCACGAGAUCCCCAUCUCUUUUUUUUUUUUUUUUUUUCCUCUCUUCUCUCGUCUCUCUCUCUAUCUGCAAUCUAUCCUCUUCAUGCCUUCCUUGUUUACUAUAUCUCUUUGUACUGUCUUCCAUGUUGUUAUAGUUUGAUGAGAGCCUAAAACUCUGAAAUCAGCAAUUUUUGGUAUUAGCUUUUCUGGUUAUCUCUAGAGAAAAUGCCUUAUACGUCGAAAUCGAUACAAGAAAUGGGCAUUGAUUCGCUUUCAGAUAGAGUGCGGGACACGCUGAGUUGCGAGAGCAAUAAGCCUGAUUUCAGAGAGCUUGAUCUGGGUUCGCCCGUUUCGCCGUUGAUGACUCGAGGCAGCGGCGGCGGAGGCGGCGGCAGCGGUGGUGGUGGUGGUGGUCCCGCAGCUAUGAGCAGCAGUUCAAGCUCCUCCGGUUCGGUUUCUGGCAAAACUGGUGGUACCCAGUUGGUUAAAAGACCAGAUGGUAGUCUAAACAACUACUCCGGGGAGCUCUCGGCCUCCAGCGAGACCAGCCCCUACGCCUCUGAAACCCUUCGAUCCGUUGCCGGCACCCGGAAUUCGAGGCCGGGUCACCGGAGAUCGAGCUCGGCUGGACCGCCAUUGAUCUACUCAGGUGCAAGCUUCGUUAGUAGCAGCAAUGGUGGUUGUAGUGGUGGGGGUGCAAGCUCUAUCUCGUCCAACCCAAACGCAAAUGUGCUUCCCAGCGGCAACAUUUGCCCGUCGGGGAAGAUCCUGAAGGCCGGAAUGCCAUGCCGGAGCUCCGGCAGGUCCGACGUGUUAGGUUCGGGAACCGGCCACUACGGCCACGGCAGCAUAAUGCGUGGUGGUGCUAAAUUGAGCAGUCCACGGAGCAUUGCCGAUGUAAAUAUGACCGGAAAUAUACAAUUCGCCGGAGAAUCUGUGAUGGUAAAGAGGGCAAUGGGUAGUUCUGAUCCUGAGGAGGUGAAGAAAGCUGGCAAUGAGUUGUAUAGAAGAGGGAGUUUCACUGAGGCCUUAUCGUUGUAUGAUCGAGCUAUUUCACUCUCACCGGACAAUGCAGCCUAUCGGAGUAACCGAGCAGCGGCAUUGACGGCGCUCGGGAAGUUGGCAGAGGCGGUAAAGGAGUGUGAGGAGGCUGUGAGGUUGGACCCUGGAUAUGGAAGGGCUCAUCAAAGAUUGGCCUCUCUUUAUCUCAGGUUAGGGCAGGUUGAAAAUGCCCGACGCCAUCUCUUUUUACCUGGGCAACCACCAGAUCCAUCCGAGCUUCAGAAGUUGCUUUCUUUGGAGAAGCAUCUGAACCGAUGUGCUGAUGCCCGAAAAAUUGGUGAUUGGAAAAGUGCACUAAGGGAAUGUGAUGCAGCCAUUGCAGGCGGGGCAGAUUCUUCUCCUCAGCUCAUUUCUUGUAGAGCAGAGGCCCUGUUGAAGCUCCACCAAAUCGAAGAUGCAGAUUCCUGCCUAUCAAGCAUUCCAAAAUUUGAACAUUAUUCUCCUUCCUGCUCAACCAAGUUCGUCUGUAUGAUUGCUGAAGCCUAUGUUCUCUAUGUCCGAGCUCAGGUUGAGAUGGCACUGGGAAGGUUUGAGAAUGCAGUUGCAGCAGCAGAGAAGGCGGGAUUGAUUGAUUACAGUAAUGUUGAAGUUGCAAAAUUGCUGAACAAUGUUAAAUUGGUGGCAAGAGCACGUGCCCGUGGCAAUGAACUCUUCAGUUCUGGAAGAUUUUCAGAAGCCUGCUCAGCUUACGGGGAAGGCCUCAAGUAUGAUACAUCGAACUCUGUUCUAUAUUGCAAUAGAGCAGUUUGCUGGUCUAAACUUGGUCUAUGGGAAAAAUCUGUUGAGGACUGCAACCAUGCCCUCAAGAUCCAACCAAAUUACACCAAGGCUCUUCUUCGCAGAGCUGUCUCAAAUGGGAAGCUUGGACAAUGGGCAGAGGCAGUGAAAGAUUAUGAGGUCUUGAGGAGGGAACUUCCUGGAGACAUUGAGGUUGCUGAAUCUCUAUCCCAGGCACAGGCUGCAUUGUCAAAAUCAUGGGAGGAGGAAACUCAUAGUGUGAAGUUUGGUGGUGAAGUGGAGGAGGUUUCUGGUGUCGACCAGUUUAAAGCUGCAAUAUCUUCACCUGGUGUUUCGGUGGUUCACUUCAAAGUGGCAUCCAAUUACCAGUGUGGACAGGUCUCCCCCAUCAUGGAUAAGCUCUGUGUUCAAUAUCCAUCCAUAAAAUUUCUCAAGGUGGAUGUGGAGGAGAGCCCAGCAGUAGCAAAAGCCGAGAGCAUAAAAAGUGUUCCAACCUUCAAGAUUUACAAGAACGGGGGUAAGGUCAAUGAAAUGAUCUGUCCCAGCCAUCAAUACUUGGAGUACUCGGUGAGGUAUUACAGUCUCUAAAAUGGAUGUGCAUUGGUGUCCUCCCAUUGCCCAACCCCACUUCGGAUUGGGCUCUUCCCAGUAUCCCCAGGUCCCAGCCCUCCUCAAUUCAUACAAGGAUUACCAGUUUCAACCGCUACAUAAUAAUUUCAUAGACUCAGGGAGACCCUCAGAAAGAGAAUAGCUUAUUAUUUCACAUUUGCUGUCUUAUUAAUUCUUUCCAUUUCAAUUUCUCUCUGGUUUCAUAUCCCUCCUUCACGUCCAUUCUUUGUCCUUUUUGACACUCUUUUCAAUAUGCCAGCCCCAUUUUCCUUGUUAUAAGAAAGAAAAAAAAAAGCUGAAAAAAAAAGUGUACAAUUCAAUUAUAUUGUCUCCUUAGUUGAAUGAAUGAGAGAGAGAAAGAGAGAGAGUUGGCUGUUAGAUGACAUUGUGUACAAACUUGAUAUGUUACAAGUAUUGGGAGCAAUGAGAUGUUGAAUGCCUGGCAGGUUAAUUCUUGA